AUGCAUGUCGUCUCUUAUAUGCGGCUGCAGGAAGGCGAGAAGUGCGCCUUCCAGGAGCACGAUCUCCGUCUUGGCAACACCAAACUGGAAGCGUUGCUUGUCGAGAUCAUACCCAACAGUUGGCCGAAGAACAGCGUCUACGUUACCAAUGUGUACUGCUCUCCCAGGGACAACCGGCAGACCUUCUACAGCCUAACAACCAAGGCAUCGUCCAAGGCAGCGACUGACAGCUCCCUGGAACUGAUAACUGACCCCCAUUACCCCACGCGCAUGGGAAACUCGGUCUCGAGAGACACCACCCCAGACCUGGCCUUCGUCAAGAACGCGCCGGGAGCGGAGUGGCACAACUUACAAGAGAACCUGGGCACUGACCACUACAUCGUGGAAAUCUCCCUACCGGUCAGCGCGGCCCCGCAGAGGGCUUUCGAAAUAGUCGACUGGGACGCCUUCCGAAAGAGAAGGAAGGACGACCACGAAAAAUACGAGUCGUUUGCGGACCUCGUAGCGCAGCUCAAGAAGGACGUAGCUGCGGUCACCAGGACCGUUGAAACAGACCUCAAGGUCAACCGCAUGGACGCUCGAUUGGCGCACCUGCUCGAAGCCAAGAAUUCCCUCACGGCUAGAUGGAAGACGCAGAAGCUGAAUCGCAACCUUCGGAGGAGGAUCGCGGCCCUCAACCGCGAUAUCGAAUCGCACUGCAAAGAGCUCGGCCAGCAGCAAUGGAACGAAGCUUGCGCGUCGGUCGACGGCCAGAUGCGUGCGGGAGGCAAGUGGCACCUCCUCAAGCAGUUAUUGGACGACACGCAGUCCAAGAGAAACCACACUCUCGCCAUCGAUAGGCUGGUCCACAAGCUGAAUAGCGAAGGCGCAUCUAAGAACGAAGUGAUGGACGAAGUCGCACGUCACUACCUCCCCAUCGGUCAGUCCGGACCAGAAGAUUACCCGGCCUAUGGCGGCAAGGUGGACGAGGAGCUCGACUCCCCCUUCUCCGUCUCGGAGGUCAGAGCGGCCCUUCAAGGCCUCAACGGAAGAUCGGCGCCCGGGCCGGAUGGAAUCUCGAACAGACUCCUUCGAAAUCUGGACGUCGGCUCGAUCGAACUGCUCACUAAAGAAAUCAACGAUGUCAGGGAGGCCGGCAUCGUACCGGAUGCCUGGAAGGAAGCCACGGUGAUCCUAAUUCCGAAGCCGGGCAAGACACCAGCCAUAGACAGUCUGCGACCCAUUUCGCUCACGUCUUGCGUGGGCAAGGUGGCGGAGCAUGUCAUCCACAACAGAAUAUCGAGAAAUGUCGAGGAACGACACCUCCUCCCGCCGAAUAUGGUCGGCUUCAGACCCUCGCUGUCCACUCAAGAGGUCAUGCUGCUGAUCAAGAGGCAGAUAGUCGACGUGGUCACGAGAGACGUCCGAGGCAUCUUGGCGCUGGACAUCGCCAAGGCCUUCGACACGGUCAAACACAAGCACCUCCUCGACUCUGUGACGAGACUGAACCUUGGCGAACGCUUUCACGCGUACUUGAGCUCUUUCCUAAGAGAUCGCAAGGUCACGAUCAACCUGGGCCAGAUCAAGUCGGACGGAUACGCGCUGGGAGCCUGCGGCACGCCGCAGGGUGCGGUGUUAUCUCCACUGCUCUUCAACAUCGCCAUGAGAGACCUAUCAGUCCGACUCGACCGAAUCGGGGCCGCCAAUCUCAAUCACGCUCUCUACGCGGACGACAUCCCCAUCUGGUGCGGCGGUGGGUCGGACGCAGCGGUAGAACGGGCCCUGCAAGAGGCCUUGCACGUCACGGAAGAAUUCCUCGAGGGCACGGUACUGGUCCUCUCGCCGACCAAGUCGGAACUCUUGCUGUAUCGGCCCGACAGAAAAGGCCGUAAGUUCGACACGACGCUGGACCAAGUACCGAUCGAACUCAGAACGAAGACGGGUCAGCGCAUCGAGAGGGUGGAUUCUCUCAGGGUGCUGGGACUGGUCCUCAAUGCAAGAAGAUUGGGAUGA